AUGGUAGCAACGAAUUGCAAAUAUGCACUUGCGUGCAUAUUUGCAGCUGUGAUCGCACUUUCGCCACCAGCAUUAGCGCAGCUCCGAGAAGAUUACUAUGAUACAGAUUGUCCUACUCUCAUGGACAUCAUGAGGAAUGCCAUGGACAUCGUUGCAGAAAAUGAUCCAGUCAAUUUGCCAGCUCUCCUUCGUCUGUGGUCACACGACGCGAUGGUCUCGGGAGCUGACGGCUCGGUGCUACUAUCCUCCAGACCUGGCGCCAAAAAGCCAGCUGAAAAGGCCGAGAAAGAUGCACCUCCCAACCUCACACUCUUCGGAUUUGAGGCCGUGGAGUUUCUGAAAUCUGCUGUCGAGCUCGAGUGCCCCGGAACCGUCUCAUGUGCGGACAUCCUGGCCAUCUCCGCUCAGCUGGCCGUGGAGCUGACAGGCGGGCCGGUGUUUCAGAGUCUUCUGGGCCGUAAGGACAGCAGGACUUCGCACUACAACGAUGGGGUUGAUGAGCUGCCCGGGGAGACCAUGAACAUGACUCAGCUGGUGAAGUCUUUCGCAGCCAUGGGCCUCACGCAGCGUGAUUUGGUCGUGCUCUCCGGAGCGCACACGAUCGGAUUCGCUCACUGCUCGGGCUUCAUGUACCGGCUGUACAACUACAAUUCCACUACGGCUGCCGAUCCCACCUUAGACUGGACGCUGGCAGAUCAACUGAGGCGUGUUUGUCCCAAACGCAACGCAGAUCCAAAUCGCGUUCAGGCUCUUGAUAUCACUACCAUCGAGAAUUUCGAUAAUGGGUAUUACUUCAAUCUGCAGCUUGCCGAAGGUAUACUCGAGUCUGAUCAGCUUUUGUAUGAAGACCCCAGUACCAGGAGUUUGGUGGACAUCUUCGCCGACGACAAGGAUGCUUUCUUCCUAGCAUUCGUCGAGUCCAUGAUCAAACUUGGAAACAACAGAGUGCUAACGGGGGAACAAGGAGAGAUUCGAGAGGUUUGCGAUAAAGUCAAUGAUUGA